CCAAAGUCCUCUGUGGUGAGCAACGUUCUACCACAUGUCUUCAAGUUCAUUCAGUUCGAGAACAGCAGUGUGUGGUCAGUGGUCCAGGUGGACAAGAACUUUUCUGUGGAUGGGUACAGGAACUUCUUUGCCUUUGCAGAGUGGUGGACCUUCAAGACUAAGUAUACGCAGUGGUGGACCAAAUCCUUUGAGAGUGCUUGCCUACCGCUCACUGCAGAUUUGGGGUUGUCGCCAGGGCAUGUGAUGCGACGUUUGCAGUACAAAGGUGGCACAAAGCUCAACUACACACUUCCAGUGGAUGCAGCUUCCUCCAUUGGAAUCCUGAUCGUUGUAGGUACAAUCCUGCCUGCAGCGUCUUUGUCGUCUGAGGCAUUGCUGGAAUGCCGCAAAAUGCUGAAGGCCUUGGAAGCGUACUCCAAUGUGCGAGAGAUUGUUGCAAUUGCACCAGAAGGCCGUGAGCUAAUCCUAGAAGCAACUCCACAGGGCUUGUUUCUGCUAGCAGACCUGAAGCACAUGUUCAAGAAGCUGGGCCUCAACUUUGCCAGGUUUCAGCAGAAGCUACAAGGGGCUCCUGCUGCUCUUUCCAUCUCUGAGAUCAUAGUUGCACUAUUCCGUAUGCGUGGCUCUCAGGGCAAUCAGGAUCCAAACUCCACCUUCCAUCGCUUUCUGAAGCGUUUGUGCCAUUCCUUCAGUCAAUCUGUGGAAGUCGGUGUGGAGGGGCAUCUCUUAUGUGAGUGCCCUGACCCUGUGGUCCAUGCUCGUGUUCAUCCGUUCAUGAAGCGGAGCAGGACAGGUGGGAACAAAGUGCUUCAGAAGAGUUUGAUUGCCCGUUGGCAGUCCAGAGGCGGUGGAUUUGCGUCCACCAAGGACAACCCAAACUUGGCCACUUUGGGAAUCGUAGCUCCUCGUAGCAAUUUGGCUUCGCGUACUACCAAUGAACUGGCAGUCCGUGCUCUCAUGAAGGCUGCUCAAUGCAUGGAGGAGUCAGCGUCAACUAGCAAGGUACUGAACUUUUGCUUUGAUGCGGCCAUGGUGUCAGAAGAGCAUGUGCUCAGUGUGGUCUUCAGAAGCAAUGGGGUUCAGUUUGCCGGAGCCACCCAACUGUUGCCACAUGGCCUAUGCGAAGAGCAAGCUACAAGUGCCUUACAGUCCUUCUCAAAAGCUGCGAAGGCCCAGAUGGAAUCGCACGGUGGACCAGCCAAAAUUCCAAGCGGCUCGUUUGCUUGGAAAGAGUUCAGAACCAAGACGAAAAACACACUCAUGGCCUUAGUGAACUGCUUGCAAGUGAUACUUCCUCCAGGCUUCAGUCUGAGGAACUGCUGCCCUGAGAAGAGUCUCGUUCCACGUACCAAAGACGCAGAGCGCUUCCUUUUGCUUCCGCAGGAGAAGCAAGCGUUGGGGCUGAGUGAUUGGCCGGACGAUGCGCAGCUUCACUUUGUCUACCACUUUGGCCAGCAAACCAGAUGGCUUGACUUCAUUCCAUCGACAAACAGCAUGUACAAACUGUGCUUUGCAGCCGACGAAGGCUCAGAGGGAUUUAUUGCUUGGCUUCAUAUGAAUGCUUCGUCAGUGUGGAGUGUGUACUGGCCAGAUAUGAUGCACAAACUGGCAAGGAAGGCCAGCCUGUCAUUGACAAACUCAGGUGCAUCACAGUGGCUUAAGAAAACGAACAAGCUUUACCGGAUGAGCCUUGGUCCAUGGGGCUCAGGUCGCUUUGGGAAGGAGCUUCUGGCGGCUCGAAAACACCUUCUCAAGGCACUCAAGGAUGGGUCGUUUGACCAAGAUCUUCUGGAGUCAUGGCUUCGUCAAGUAGCCAAAGACCAACAAGUUGACCCUGCUGAGUUUUCUGUCAGCGACUUGGUGCUUCUUCUGGAGAAGUCAGGAACUGCUCACGUGAGAGCUGACGAGCGCAAGGAUGUUCGCUGGUUUAGCUUCUAUGAUCACACUUCCUCAUGGAACCGACGAUUUCACCUUGAAGCGUUUGUCAUGGAGUACGCAUGGUUCUGUGAUGGCAAAUCACCUUGGCACUUGCCUGACCAAAGCGCUGCCAAUUCAGAGGCCUACUCUUCGAAACUGGUUGCCUACAAUGUCCUGGCUGAUGACACCAAUCAGGACAAGAUGAGGAGCCUUCUUCUUGUCUUUCGCCGCAUGCGAGCAUUUGCUGGGGAGUACGACAGAGCAGUGCAGCAGUCAAGCAGUGGCAGCCUCAAGUAUGCCAUCAGCCUUGCAAAUGGAAAGCGGCUAGCCAAGCUCCUUUCGAAAACCAUUGGAGAGUGCACCACCGCGGCUGCGUUGGCUUACAUAGGUGGUGAUGGAGAUGGGCCUGAAUGUGUGGACGUGAUCGAGUGGCACAGUGCAUUGCUUUUGUACCAAUUGAAGGCAAUCUUCCAAGUGGGCACAUAUCACCGGAGCUUUCCUUGGCGUGUUGUGGAGUGUCUUGAUCCAGGAGCAUGGUCAAAAGUCUUGCUGGCCAUGCAGGAAGUUUGGGACUUUGUGGUGAACGUUGUGGACACGUUACCCGCAGCAGACCCCUUGUAUGUUCAGCUGGCAAUUUGCAGGGCGCAAAGCUUCCGCGACCUGAUGAUUUCAGCAGAGUAUUUCAACUUCGAUGUCAAGCGGAUGGGCACACCUUGCAGCCGUGCUUUUGAGGAGAACAUCCUGGCAGUUUGUGGGUUGCAACAGGCAGGCGCCCCGAACAGCCUCCUGUCCUCAUUGCCGUCUGAACUGACUUUCAACCAGAUGAGGGAUUGUGCCAGACGCCGCUCCAAGCAUGAGCGUUGUCAGCCAUCUUCGCUGCAUGCUGUAGCAUGGAAGGCAGCCACAAAGCAUCCUUGUGGUUGCGCCAACUUGGACCUGGAUGACAAUGACUGGGCUGUUCCAUUGAAACAAAGUGAGAUCAAGAAGAGUGUACACCAGAACUUGAGAAGCACCGACAAGGAGAUGGGCAUCAACAGCGAAGGUCUCACGAAACACAAGGUGGUGAAACACUUCACCAAGCCACACGUCUUUACUGAUCGACUGGAAUUGUUAGACUUCAUUGUCAAGAGGUUCAAGGAGUUUCCUGGCGACCAAGAGCAAAAGCGAGGUGAAAUCCUUCGCGCUCGAAAAGCCAUGUGGUUGUCAAAGCUGGUUCCUGAGCUUUGGUUUCUGAGGCGUAGAAGUGAGGACCAGUCGGAGGUGCCUGAGAAUUGCUUGAUCGUCAUCGGAGCAGGGCCAUACUUGGUUGACUGUGCAGGGUGCUCCCAUGUCACCAACGCAAACUACAGUCUCCAAGCCACUCCUCCUGUGAAGGUUCUUGUCGACGGGCUCAACACUGUUGAGGUCGCACAGUGUGUGCCAAAGUCAGAUGGAGGGCAUUUGCGAUGGUCGAAAGGUGGACCCUGGAUUGACCUGCCGACCUACACGUGUGAUUUUGGCAUCUUGAGCAUCGGAGUCCAACUCUUGAGUCAGCUUUGCAGUGCUCUCAAGAUACCUUCUCACCAGAAACUUGAUCAUCGUCAUCGAGUGGAGUUGUUUUUGAAGUUCAUGAAGAAGUCAGAUGCCUACAUCGCAGAGAUCCUAGAGCAGCUAGUUGUUCCAUCGAGGAAGAAACUGGCGGACACAGAAGAGGAGGAGGACCCUUACAAUCAUUUGGAAGGCGAGACAAGCGAUGAAGAGGUGCAGGAAACACAGAACGAUCUCGACGAGGAGAUGGCUUUGAAGACAGCAGAACAUGACAAAGCAGAUACAUCCAAGACGGACAUCGAGGGCCCUACAGCAAACGAUGUGGAGAUGACUGAGGAGGAGAAACCUCAGAGAUCUGACCUGGGCGGAGUUCAUGCUCCACCCACUUCCCGAGGAAGGCCCAGUGGUGAGUACCCGCCUGGCUGUGUGUGCUAUAGAAAGGAACCCACUGGGCAAAGCCCACUUCUCCAAGUGUUUUUGCCGGGCUCUUUCAAGCAUGAGGGGAAAAGGUCCAAGGGUGUAUCCUUUGUACCUGAGGGAGGCCUUGCGUUGGCCAAGGGGACAACACGAACUUUUGCACAAGCGCAAAGCUGCUGCUUGUCCUGGUCGUGGGCUUGGUGGAAUUCCCUGACCCCAGAACAACGGUCUGGGAUUCAUUCUGCUGAAGGGCCAUCUGCGAAAAGGCAGAAGCUCUAAAGACAUGAUGAAGAUAUGUCCCGGGGGUGAG